AUGGAUCGGAGCCGCAAACAGCGCAAGAGUACGGCCCGACAGGCUGCGCACCAUGCCUACCUGGCCCAGGCCAUCGCAGACCUCGCUCGGUGGGGUUUCAGCCUUGCUAUCCUCAGACCCCGCUCGCCACGCAUCUCGAAAGUCUGGCUCCUCUCCGUCUUGCCGGUCGCCACCGCACUCCUGUUGCGCGCUUGGAUUUGCACCUUCGACUCUUUCGACGACCUAGAGGCUCUCCAUCUGUGCCACAACCUCGUCCAGCUCUGCUUUCGAGGUGCGGUAGCGCUCUUCGGCCUCCUCGUACUUCUUCUCCCACGUAGCCACUUCGCGUUCGAGCGUUGCCACCUGUCGCUCAAAGUGCUCGGCCUUGACGUCAACCUGUCGCAGCCUAUGUCGCGGUGCGCGUAG